UGGGAAAGCUGACCAGACGGUUAAAAUUUAAACAAAACUCUUUGACGCAUUAACCAGGUUGAACUCGAAUUUGGUGCGCAAAUCAGCGAAAGUCGUAUGCUUUGAUCUCCAAAAUCUGCGCAAAUGGAGAUAUUCGGUAUGGACUUCGGCUGUGUCUUUGAAUCGCUUAAACAUGGCCAUAUUCCGGAGAAAAUUUGUUUGCUUCCCCUAAUUUCCAAGCUUCUUGGCUAUUCUAUCGUUGCUGCUUCCACCACAGUCAAGAUCCCUCAGAUAUUGAAGAUAUUGGAACACAAAAGUGUUAGAGGACUCAGUGCAGUUGCUUUUGAGCUUGAAGUGAUUGGCUACACAAUUUCUCUUGCAUAUUGCCUUCAUAAAGGCCUCCCUUUUUCAGCCUUUGGGGAAUAUGCUUUUCUGUUGGUGCAAGCUAUAAUUCUAGUCGGUGUAAUCUACUACUUUUCACAACCUGUGGGAACCUCAAGAUGGAUGAGGGCCCUGCUAUAUUGUGGCUUGGCACCGACAAUUCUGGCUGGUAAAAUUGAUCCGAUGCUUUUUGAAGCUUUAUAUGCAUCACAACAUGCAAUAUUCCUCUGUGCAAGGAUUCCUCAAAUAUGGAAAAAUUUCAGUAAUAAAUCUACUGGAGAACUCAGCUUUCUGACAUGUUUUAUGAACUUCGGAGGCUCCAUGGUGAGGGUCUUUACCAGCAACCAGGAGAAAGCACCUACAAGCGUUGUGAUGGGCUCUGUCCUCGGUGCCAUAACAAACGGUACCUUAUUGAGCCAGAUAAUCAUAUACAAGAAGCCAGAAACGAAGAAAGAGAAGAAGGUCGAGUAAAGAAAUCUUCAGUUUUCAAGAGUGCUUCGCGUAACACAACAUUUUAUCCUUUCAGCUAUGACAAAUAGGUCAUGCGCAAGCAUGCUGUGGCUGUAAAAUGUCAAAUUACAAUAUGUUUUGCAAGCAACUUUUGCAUUUCCUACUUGCUGUAGGUUUUGCCAUAUGUAUACAAUACAGGAUGAGGGAAAAUGGUUACUUUUGACAAGAAAAUUUGGUGUUGAUUCAGAAAGCGGAAAGCGGAUUGAAAUAUUUUUGUAUUCUAGCUUUUUUAUUUUCCUUC